GAAAAAAAAAAAAAAAACCGAGGAGAAGGGAGUGUCAGGACAGGGCGGCGCGGCGACACCCGAGGCCUAGUGGCGGCGGAGCGGAGGAUUCAAGGCUGAAGCGGGCUCAGGAGCGGCGGUGGCGGCGGGCGGACAAACGGCCUGACGGAGCCGGGCGGUGGCGGGAGCCGCGGGAGGAGCCGGAACCAUGCCGGCCGUGAGCCUCCCGCCCAAGGAGAACGCGCUCUUCAAGCGGAUCUUGAGAUGUUAUGAACAUAAGCAGUAUAGAAAUGGAUUGAAGUUCUGUAAACAAAUCCUUUCCAAUCCCAAGUUUGCAGAGCAUGGAGAAACCCUGGCUAUGAAAGGCUUAACAUUGAACUGUUUGGGAAAAAAGGAAGAAGCUUAUGAAUUGGUUCGUAGAGGUUUGAGAAAUGACUUGAAGAGUCAUGUAUGUUGGCAUGUUUAUGGCCUUCUUCAGAGAUCAGACAAGAAGUAUGACGAAGCCAUUAAGUGCUAUCGAAAUGCACUGAAAUGGGACAAGGACAAUCUUCAGAUCUUAAGAGAUCUUUCCUUACUACAGAUACAAAUGCGAGAUCUUGAGGGUUAUAGGGAAACAAGGUACCAGUUGCUUCAGCUUCGGCCUGCACAGAGAGCAUCAUGGAUUGGUUAUGCUAUUGCUUACCAUUUAUUAGAAGACUAUGAAAUGGCAGCAAAAAUUUUAGAAGAAUUUAGGAAAACACAGCAGACCUCUCCUGAUAAAGUGGAUUAUGAAUAUAGUGAACUCCUUUUAUAUCAGAAUCAAGUUCUUCGGGAAGCAGGUCUUUAUAGAGAAGCCUUGGAACAUCUUUGUACCUAUGAGAAGCAGAUUUGUGAUAAACUUGCUGUAGAAGAAACCAAAGGGGAACUUCUGUUGCAGUUGUGUCGUUUGGAAGAUGCUGCUGAUGUUUAUAGAGGAUUACAAGAAAGGAAUCCUGAAAAUUGGGCCUAUUACAAAGGCUUAGAGAAAGCACUGAAGCCAGCUAAUAUGUUAGAACGGCUAAAAAUCUAUGAGGAGGCCUGGACUAAAUACCCCAGAGGACUUGUGCCAAGAAGGCUGCCGUUAAACUUUUUAUCUGGAGAGAAGUUUAAGGAGUGUUUGGAUAGGUUCCUAAGGAUGAAUUUCAGCAAGGGUUGUCCACCUGUCUUCAAUACCCUGAGGUCUUUAUACAGAGAUAAAGAGAAGGUGGCAAUCGUAGAAGAACUAGUAGUUGGGUAUGAAACUUCUCUAAAAAGCUGUCGCCUAUUUAAUCCCAAUGAUGAUGGAAAGGAGGAACCUCCAACCACAUUGCUUUGGGUCCAGUACUAUUUGGCACAACAUUAUGAUAAAAUUGGCCAGCCCUCUAUUGCUCUGGAAUACAUAAAUACUGCUAUUGAAAGUACACCAACAUUGAUAGAACUCUUUCUUGUAAAAGCUAAAAUCUAUAAGCAUGCUGGGAAUAUUAAAGAAGCUGCCAGGUGGAUGGAUGAAGCCCAGGCUCUGGACACAGCAGACAGAUUUAUUAAUUCUAAAUGUGCAAAAUACAUGUUAAAAGCCAAUCUGAUUAAAGAGGCUGAAGAAAUGUGCUCCAAGUUUACGAGGGAAGGCACAUCAGCAGUAGAGAACCUGAACGAGAUGCAGUGCAUGUGGUUCCAGACAGAGUGCGCCCAGGCAUACAAAGCAAUGAACAAAUUUGGUGAAGCACUUAAGAAAUGUCAUGAAAUCGAGAGACAUUUUAUAGAAAUCACUGAUGACCAGUUUGACUUCCAUACAUACUGUAUGAGGAAGAUUACCCUUAGAUCAUACGUGGACUUAUUAAAACUAGAAGAUGUACUUCGACAGCAUCCAUUUUACUUCAAAGCAGCAAGAAUUGCUAUUGAGAUCUAUUUGAAACUUCAUGACAACCCUCUUACAGAUGAGAACAAAGAGCAUGAGGCUGAUACAGCAAACAUGUCUGACAAAGAAUUAAAGAAGCUACGUAAUAAACAAAGAAGAGCUCAAAAGAAAGCCCAGAUAGAAGAAGAGAAAAAAAAUGCAGAAAAAGAAAAACAGCAGAGAAAUCAGAAAAAGAAAAAGGAUGAUGACGAUGAGGAAAUUGGAGGCCCCAAAGAGGAACUGAUCCCAGAGAAAUUGGCCAAGGUCGAAACACCGUUGGAAGAAGCUAUUAAGUUUUUAACACCAUUGAAGAACUUGGUGAAGAACAAGAUAGAAACUCAUCUUUUUGCCUUUGAGAUUUACUUUAGGAAAGAAAAGUUUCUUUUGAUGCUACAAUCAGUAAAGCGGGCAUUUGCUAUUGAUCCUAGUCAUCCCUGGCUACAUGAGUGCAUGAUUCGACUGUUUAAUUCUGUGUGUGAAAGUAAAGACUUACCUGAAACAGUUAGAACAGUAUUAAAACAAGAAAUGAACCGUCUUUUUGGAGCAACAAAUCCAAAGAAUUUUAAUGAAACUUUCCUGAAAAGGAAUUCUGAUUCAUUGCCACAUAGAUUAUCAGCUGCCAAAAUGGUAUAUUAUUUAGAUUCUUCUAGUCAGAAACGAGCAAUAGAGUUGGCAACAACACUUGAUGCGUCCCUCACCAACAGAAACCUUCAGACUUGCUUGGAGGUGUUAGAAGCCUUGUGUGGUGGUAGCCUAGGAGACUGUAAAGAAGCUGCUGAAGCAUACAGAGCAAACUGCCACAAGCUUUUCCCUUAUGCUUUGGCUUUCAUGCCUCCUGGAUAUGAAGAGGACAUGAAGAUCACAGUUAACGGAGAUAGUUCUGCAGAAACUGAAGAACUGGCCAAUGAAAUUUGAACAUCAUUAAACAAGCAGAUGGAAUGACUUUGGACCAUAUCUAGUGUAUAAUAUUUUUGUCACGCACCUGCUGCAUUGCUCUAACUUACACAGAAUGAGAGGAGUAAAUGUUCUUGCCUUCAAAUAGUCUUACUUUUUUUUUUAUCCUGCUGAAAACUAUAUAUAAAAUAUCUAACAUUACAGGAUAUAGAUUCCGUUUCUUAAAAAAAAUUAAAAGCUGCUAAAAUUGAGGGGUUAAAAAAAAAAUCCAUAUCCUAUUCCUACCUUCCCUGCCCAUGUUUUUAAACUAAUUUAUAUAAAAUCUGGAGGCUAUUACAGCUAACAUAGCAGGUGUGUGGCAGAAAUAUUACUUUCAAUUCGUCUUGUGAGAUUUUACUAUAUCUCAGACAGCAUAAAUGCUGUUUUAGCACUGGAUUCUUUCACUGAGCACAAAGAGUUGUUGGGGCUUUAGCAUCUGACUGAUUUUGUUACGGGGUUGAUUCUUGACCAUAGGAAGUAUGCAAUGUGAAUCACUAUGUACAGAGCCAUCUACAACAGAUGCUUGACGUUGUAGAGACUGGGACACAUAGCUACCAAGCAGAUUAAAUGAAACCUAGAAGGUGUUCAGUAUGUGUGUUGUGUUUCCAAAAUUCACUGUACAUGAUCAGUUUGGUGUUCUUGUACCACAGUUUUUAACCGAAGGAACCAGUUGGAACAAUCUCAAUUUUAACUAAAACUUGAAGAACUAAAAUAGCAAUGCAAACCUUUAGCAUUGUUUUGGCCAAACUUGUUAAAACUGUAAUGCAAGAACCAAAUGCACUGUGAUGUGGCACCAACUAAUUAGCAAGCAUGAAUUUUCACCCGAGAGUGAAAAAAAGAAAAAAUCUACCAUGGCUUGAAGUUAAAGAGCAGAACUCCUGACUACCAUUCUAUGACUGAUCAAGAGACUAAUAGCUAAAAACCUCAGCAGGCCUUGUUCACGAUAUGCAGAAAAAAGUGCUGCAGUUUAGAUACCUCUGGAACUUUUCCACAGUGUCACAGGUUUGUAAUACUUGAAGCCCUUCAUUUCUAAGAAUAUAUUUCUUGCUCAGUUGUUUCAGGCAAGCCCAAGACUUUGUAAUUUUUAAAGGGCCCAAGAUUUUUUUUUCAAUAACAGACCAGCUUCUUUUUCCUGCAGUUACAAAUGUAAUUUCUUUUUUUUGUUGUCAAACAUAAGGUACCAAAUAUGAUGCAAUAAAUUGUUUUGAAAAACAGUUGUGUGAAUAUUUCCACUAAUCUGAGUUGGGCUUCUGUGAAAUACACAGGUGGAAACAGAGGUGGAAGCCAGAGGCAAUGAGUGUAGGGCUAGUACAGAGGGGAGCUUUAUAGAGUGGGCUAAAUGGUGGUGUCAGGGAAGUUCCAGAAUUAAGUAGAAUGCUGCUCCUUUGUUCCGAUUUCAUUGAGGGCUAGGAUGGUGGCAGGUCCUAUGGAUGUAAUUCAGAAUCUGAAAGGAAAACUAAACACGACUAUAUUGAUUGGAAAACGAGCCUUAAACACGUCAAACCUGUACACUGAGAACUAGCCUCAGGCUCAAUAUUUCUUUAUGUUUGCAAGGUCUGAGAAAUUAAGUUUUAAGUAAAAUGAAUUAAGUGUAUAUAAAAUUGAACUUUUGUAGUAUUUUAGUUAUAGGUAGUACAUCCGCUAAAGGGGAUUUUCAGAAGGCCAUAUCCUUUUACUCCAUAGAACAUGAUCUGCAUUCCACAUCCCAGGCUAAGAGGUCGUGGUGGAUGCAAAGAUAAUGACAGCCUCAACUCCAGUGCUUCGCUUUAACAGGCCCUGUCUCAGGAACAUCUUAACAGAUGGCAAAAAAAAGAAAAAGAAAA